GAUGUCGUCUCGCACAAAACUUAUAAUGAAGUUGAGUAACCAACAAGCAAGCCAUUCUUGUGUGGAUAUUGUUGAAUACGAGGUUGGAAAAGAUGGAAUUUUGUCUCCUAUUCACGCACAACCAUCUAAAUUUCCGGCAGACUCAAACGAUUCUGCUAGCAUAAACAAUGAUAACUCGACCAGUUUUAACCAUUUAGAAGUGCCGACAGGCUUAAAAGAUGCUAGUAUUUCGACCGAUUUUGACUUGCAGACCGAUUUAAAUGAUGCCAUUAGCAUGAACAAUGAACUGGACAAUCCAGAGAUUCUAGGAACGGAGCAAGACGAAGAUAACACCAAUAAUACUAUCACGAAUAAUUCUGAAGACGACGACGGCGCCGCCGAUGACUUGGAUGUUUCUUACAUUCCUGAGGAAAACGAUUCUGAUAGUAGUAACUCUGCCAAUGAAGAUAAUUCCAAUUACAACGAAGAAAGAAACGAUCCCGAUACCAGCCUAAAUACUACAAGAACUAGAAGUGAAGAGAAAAUUAGGUCAGCCUUACCAAGAGCUGAACCCAAAAAAGAUCUGUGCGACGUGUGCGAGGCAUACAAAACGAAGAACUUAUCUGAAGAUAAGUAUAACCUACACCAAACUUCAAAGCUAGAGGCACGUCAAUCAAAGGAAAAAGACAAAUCUACCAGCGAUGUUACAGUAAACGUGUAUCCAAUGGAUUUACAAAGCGUGUUGUUAGCUUCCAAAUCGACAGUCGCUGCAAUGUACUACAAAACCAAACUGGUAGUACACAACUUCACUAUUUAUCACCUGAAAUCCAAUGAAGGAUUUUGUUUCCUGUGGAAUGAAAGCGAAGGGGCCUUGACUGCAAACGAAUUUUCCAGCAUAAUUUCUGUUUUUGUUGAACAAGAGAUAAGAAAGAAUGAAGGUUUACGUGAAAUGAUUUUUUUUAGUGAUGGUUGCAUGGGUCAAAACCACAACUCAACAUCAGCUAACGCAUUUGUAAACUUAGCUGCACAGCAUAAAAUCGUGUUGAUUCAAAAGUAUUUGUUCAAAGGUCAUACUCAGAUGGAGGUGGACUCGGUGCAUGCAACCAUUGAAAUACAGAUUAGAAAUCGGAAAAUAAACCUUCCCGCCGAUUAUGCUUACUACUGCCAGAAGGCAAGAUCAAGUCCAUCUCCAUAUAAUGUCAAAUAUCUCACUCAUUCAUUCUUUAAGAAAAUGGAACUAUAA